UCAUAGUUGAACGGGACUGGUUAGCAACAACUCACCAAUAUCUUUUCGAAAAAGAAAACAGACACAAUACGCUCGUUAUCCUUAAUAAACAACGUAAUUUUGUCCCACGCUUUAUCUACUGCCGUGACGUCACGAUCGAACCUUCUGACCAACUCAAAAACGCGCAAAGCAAACUUUGCAAUCACGAAACAAUCGCGAAACGUCGGCUGCAGUGAUACGGGCCAAAGCGUUCCACAUAUAAAAGGCCGAUACCGGACAAUUCAUCUCCUGUUAUCGAGAGCUCGUUGUUCCGCGGAAGUCUAAGCGUUUGAUAUCGCAAUGUACGAAAAAAUUAACGUAGACCUGAUCAGAAACUCUGGGAUACGAAUCGUAGACCUGAGGAGCGACACGAUAAGCAGACCCACUCCGGAAAUGAGGGAGGCCAUGUACAGGGCAGAGGUUGGGGACGAUGUCUAUGUAGAAGACGCAACCGUCAACGCUCUGGAGAAGAGGUGCGCCGAGUUGCUGGGCAAAGAGGAGGCCAUGUUCGUCGUCAGCGGUACCAUGGCCAAUUUGAUUGCUGUAAUGGUACACUGCAAUCAGAGAGGGAGCGAAUUGAUAUCGGGCGACAAAGGCCACACGUUCAAAUUCGAACAAGGUGGAACUGCGCAUAUAGCGGGCGUCCACACCUCGAUCAUAAAAAACAACGACGACGGCACGUUCAGCCUCGACGAAUUGAGGGUGAAAAUUCGGAAAAACCCAGACAUGCACGAACCGGUCACGUCUCUGAUUAUCGUGGAAAACACUCACAAUUUAUGCGGCGGAAAAGUCGUUCCGUUGGAGUGGCUCGAAAAGGUAUCGAAUGUGGCGGCGGAACACAACAUUCCCGUCCACAUGGACGGGGCGAGGAUGAUGAACGCCGCCGUUUACUUGAAACUACCUCCGAGCCGACUCGUCAGGGACGUCGACACCGUGUGUUUCUGCCUGAGCAAGGGACUCGGAUGUCCGAUAGGCGCCAUGCUGGCGGGCAGCUCCAGCUUCAUCGAAAAAGCUAGAAGGGUGAGGAAAGCAUUGGGCGGAGGUUGGAGGCAGGCCGGAGUGCUGGCAGCUCCCGGACUGGUCGCACUGGAUUCUAUGGUCGACAGAUUGCAGGUCGACCACAUCCACGCGCUUAAAAUUGCCAAAGCGAUUUACGCGACGAAAUCGAACAACUUCAAGGUCGAUUUGGCCACGGUCCAGACUAACAUCGUGCUGAUGUUUAUCGACCGCACCAAGAUCGAAAUCAGGGAGCUGCAGCGCCGCUUACAGACGGUUUUGACGACGGACGGCGUGAAAUGCAGCGUCAGGUGCUCGUCGCUCAGUAUUAACUGCGUCCGAUUCGUUUUGUAUUGGGAGAUAAGCGAUGAAGACGUGGACAUGGCUUGCGACAAGAUCCAGCUCGUCAUAAGGGAGUACGACGACAGGCUGAAGGUGGGGUAUUGAUGGGCGGGCACUUCCGCCGUGUCAAGCAUAUUUUAUUUAUAAUAAAUUUAUUAAGUAUUUUAGUAUACAUUCUGAGAAAAUAGGUUUUGUUUUUAGGACAAGUCUACCGGAAAGUUGGAUUUUUUUCGUUUAUUAUUGUAAAUUAUGUGUAGAUAGUAAUUUUUUCAUUAAUUUAUAUUUUUAUUAAACAUUCGGUAAGAAACAA